UGAAGUUUUAACUUAAUAAUAAUUUCAUCUUUGUUGUAUUGUAUUUGAUAAAUAUAAACGAUAAUAUAAAAUUGGUAUAAACCGACGUUUAAUCUGCAAUAUUGUUGUAUCACAAUUUUAAAAUUAUAAUAUCUUUGUUAUCGCCAAUUUAAUAUUCCGAUAGUGUUCAUCCAGUUAUAGUAUUGACCGAAUAUUUAUUCUUAUAUUACAAGAUAGUUGUAACGUGCCCUACAUUUAUAAUACCUUACCUUUUCACCAAAUGGAAGAAAGUUCAGUGCUGAAAUCUUUGCUUUUCAAGGGAGUGACUUAGAUGAUUUGAUUUUGAUUGGAGUUUGCGGAGUUGUGUAAUGCUGUGUUUUACUUAAAACAUCAUUGUAAUGUAUACAUUUAUAGAAAUUAUUCUAAGCCUAGGAGUGCUGGGUACUCUUGUGACGAUCCUAUUGGCCUGUGUUUGCGGUUGUAAGAAUCAAAAUCAGAAAAGUGAGUUGGUUGGCACGGCUGGUGUAGUCAAAAUCCAUGUGGAUGAAGAAGCCAGGUCUCCAACGCCAACCACUCCUGCAUCUAUAAAGCGGGCUUCAACGCAAAACAGUCAGAGAAGCCUGCCCGAAAUACCACAUCCAGUGGGGCGACACGACAGUGGUGAUACUGCAUCAGAAAUAUAUGCUACCGUCAAUUUAGGUGAAGGUAGCAAGGCCUCGGCAACAGCUUCUUCAAGCCGAGAACAUCCAUACGAACAUGCAUAUGCGAAGCUGCAGAAUGAAAACACAAACAUUGAAGCGAGCACGGAUCACAGCUCGGAAGUCACCAUACAAAUCGAUGAACGCGUAGCUACUCCUAACGACGCAGAGUCAGCACCAAUAUCUGCGUCGGUGGCAAUAAGUGGCCAGCUGCCGUCGAGUCAAGAGCUGCCGUACAUAACGCCCCCCGCGCAUGUCUCGCCCCCGCGUUCGCCUGCCCCCGCACGCACCAACGACAAUGCGAACCAUUUUAGCGGGGACUCUACUGAUUCUGCGAAGGGCUACACAAGUAUAUCAGUUCGGGAACCGCUGAGCAAUAUCAGAGCACAGGGCAUCAACCAGCAACCAUUGGGACUUCAUCGACUUCAGACACACUAUGCCACAGUCUCCGAUGAUUCUGAUGAAAUGUACGCAGCGAUCGAAGAGGCGAGCAUGGGCGAAGGGUCGGACACGUACGCUCAGAUCGACACGAGGCUGAGGCGAUCUCCUGGCAGCCCGGACGGUGACCAGCGACAGACCGCGGUAACGCACGAAGUAGCGGUGCACGUGAGCAGAAGGAGUGCACCACCUGAGAUUGGAGCGUCUACAUCCAAUGCCACACAUUCUCGACAAGCAUCAAUGUCGUCAUGUUCUAAUUCAGCGGGUGCACUGGGCUCUCCAAAGCCAGAGAAGAGGCAGGCGAAUUCACCCCUCCCUCCCCCACCGCAAGUUAUGCAACAGAACGAUACGAAACACCACCGUAUCAACAGUGCCGGUGAUCUGCACUUCAACCAUGAUAAACUACGGAGGAGCUUGAACGAGAAACAUCAAAGAAACAAUAGCUGUGUUAGUUCAUCUGAUUUUUACGGUUGCAAUUAUCCAGUUGACAAACAUCGAUUUAGUUCCAGUGACCUAAUGAGACCUCUAGUUGCUAAAGAGCUCAAUUUUGACAUAGAUCAAAAGGACAACACUACAGACAAUCUUUAUAACUCAAUAGAUGGACCAACUUUUAGUGACUAUUCAUCUGCAGAUGCAAACACAAGUAUUAAUUCUGAACAAAGGGUAACAGAAAGUCCUUCUCGAAAUGUUGAAGAAAUGUAUGCAAAAGUUAUAAAGAAAUCAAAAAGCAAAGAGGAGAACAAAAAGGUUAAGGAUGAGGCUGACAAAAAUACGUUAAAAUAUCGAGGUGAUGAUCCGGGUUAUGAAACGAUUGACAGAAAACAAACUGCCAACCACGGAUAUGAGACUAUUGCCAGAAAAGAUCGGAAGAAUUCACAAAACCAAGAUCCUGGGUAUGAGACUGUCAAAGAUAUGGGUAAAACUGAUCAGAUUUAUAAUAGCAACAUGCUCAAAGUAAAUCAUUCAGCUGACAGUGGGCCUAAUAGCAUUGUUAGCAGUGAUCCGGGCUAUGAACAUAUUGCUAAAUGUGCUGAUCAGAACGUGUCCGACUCAGAUCCUAACUACGAAGUUCUUAGAAAUCAACCUCCUACUCCACCAUAUGCAACUAUAGCAUCUAAUUAUAAAGCGGCCCCUACUUAUUCUACAAUCAACAAAAGAACUGGCAAAUACAGUAAAAUAGCGAACAACAAUGAUGAAAUGGGAGAACCGAAUUAUGAAUCAAUGGGUAAUGAGCCUCUGUACACUACAGGGAGUGAAUCUGAUCCAAAUUAUGAAUCGGUCCGGCCAAAGGAAUCCAACUAUGAGAGGGUCCAACAAGAUCCCAAUUACGAAUCGUUACGAUGCAAAGAUUUCAGAUAUGAAUCUGUCAGAUCUCAAAAGGACCCUAACUAUGAAAGUGUUAAAUACUUCGAACUAUCUAAUAGGGAUCCACCUUACGAGAGAGUUGAAAAUGAUCGAGGUGAUGAUUCUGCUGUAGAGAGAUCUGAUUCUUCAGCAGGCUAUGAAAAAAUAAAUAUUAUGAACAACAAAGAAACAAAAAACAGUAUUAACAAUGGUGCGGAUGGCACUGUAAGUGAUUAUUUUCAAGUUUAGUAGCAAAUGUGUUUGAUACAGAUUUAAGACUUCUUUUUGAAUGAUAUACUUGAAUAGUUAUUUGAGAUUUAAUGUUAUGUUUUGCUAUUGAUUUUUUAACUGUUUUGGAACAAUGUAACCAAUUAAUGUAAUAAUAUUUGUACAGCGUAUGAUAUUAAAUUAUAUACUUAGGUACCUACCUAUAUUUCGGUAAAUA